GGCGCUCCUUGCACGUGGAAUGAAUUGCUUUACGCAUCUCAGCCCGAGGCUGAGGUGCCUUUCUCUAGGCACACUCAAAGGAGCCUCUGUUUUAUCAUGCGCUCUUGGGACAAAGGAGGCCAGACUCCUCUGCAGGCCCUCUUCUUCCAGAAGGAACUAUGCCUGGCAAGAGAAGCUGUGUUGCUCUGGUGGGUUUCUUUAACGUCAGCUGGCGUAGAUCAGAAGAGCUUUUGUCAAUCGAUGAUCUGCACAUUUUAGUCACUCACAAAAUGGCCGGCACACUGCACCACACAAGAAACGCCUCUCUCUCCCAGCAGGAACAAUCUGGUGACCCAGCUUUUUCAAUUGCUCUUCAAAGAAAAUGACCAUUUUCUCAAACUCCUGCCUGGGCCUCCUCUGCUCAUUGUUGUGCUGUUGGGUGAGGGCAGCAUCCUCUCUGAACCUGGAAGACCCCAAUGUGUGCAGCCACUGGGAAAGCUACUCAGUGACCGUACAGGAGUCAUACCCACAUCCCUUUGAUCAGAUUUACUACACAAGCUGCACAGAUAUCCUGAACUGGUUUAAAUGUACACGGCACAGAAUCAGUUACCGGACAGCCUACCGCCAUGGGGAAAAAACCAUGUAUAGGCGCAAAUCACAGUGUUGCCCCGGAUUUUAUGAAAGCCGGGACAUGUGUGUCCCUCACUGUGCUGAUAAAUGUGUCCAUGGCCGCUGCAUUGCUCCAAACACCUGUCAGUGUGAGCCUGGCUGGGGGGGCACCAACUGCUCCAGCGCUUGCGACGGUGAUCACUGGGGGCCUCACUGCAGUAGCCGGUGCCAGUGCAAAAACAGAGCUUUGUGCAACCCCAUCACCGGGGCUUGCCACUGCGCGGCGGGCUACCGGGGAUGGCGCUGUGAAGACCGCUGCCAACAGGGCACCUAUGGUAAUGACUGCCACCAAAGAUGUCAGUGCCAGAACGGAGCGACCUGCGACCACAUCACUGGGGAGUGCCGUUGUUCACCGGGAUACACUGGAGCCUUUUGUGAAGAUCUUUGUCCCCCUGGCAAACAUGGUCCACAGUGUGAGCAGAGAUGUCCUUGCCAAAAUGGAGGCGUGUGCCAUCAUGUAACUGGAGAGUGCUCUUGUCCUUCCGGCUGGAUGGGCACAGUGUGUGGUCAGCCCUGCCCCGAGGGUCGCUUUGGAAAGAAUUGUUCCCAAGAAUGCCAGUGCCACAACGGAGGGACGUGUGAUGCUGCCACAGGCCAAUGUCACUGCAGCCCAGGAUACACAGGGGAACGGUGUCAGGACGAAUGUCCUGUUGGGACCUAUGGAGUUCGCUGUGCAGAGACCUGCAGGUGUGUUAACGGAGGGAAGUGUUAUCACGUGAGCGGGGCAUGCCUAUGCGAAGCAGGCUUUGCAGGCGAACUUUGUGAGGCGCGCCUGUGUCCCGAGGGGCUCUAUGGCAUCAAAUGUGACAAGCGGUGCCCCUGCCACCUGGACAACACUCACAGCUGUCAUCCCAUGUCUGGAGAGUGUGGCUGCAAGCCGGGCUGGUCUGGACUCUACUGUAAUGAAACAUGCUCUCCUGGAUUCUAUGGGGAAGCUUGCCAAGAGAUCUGUAGCUGCCAGAACGGGGCAGACUGUGACAGUGUGACUGGAAGGUGUGCCUGUGCUCCUGGAUUCAAGGGAAUUGACUGUUCUACUCCAUGUCCUCUGGGAAGCUAUGGGAUAAACUGUUCCUCUCGCUGUGGCUGUAAAAAUGAUGCUGUCUGUUCUCCUGUGGAUGGGUCUUGUAUCUGUAAGGCAGGCUGGCACGGGGUAGACUGUUCCAUCAGCUGCCCCAGCGGCACAUGGGGCUUUAGCUGUAACCUAACAUGUCAGUGCCUCAAUGGGGGUGCCUGCAACACCCUGGAUGGGACCUGCACCUGUGCCCCCGGAUGGCGAGGGGAGAAAUGUGAACUUCCCUGCCAGGAUGGCACCUAUGGGCUAAACUGUGCUGAGCGCUGUGACUGCAGCCACGCAGAUGGCUGCCACCCCAUCACAGGCCACUGCCGCUGCCUCCCUGGAUGGUCAGGUGUGCACUGUGACAGCGUGUGUGCCGAGGGACGCUGGGGUCCUAACUGCUCGCUGCCCUGCUACUGUAAAAACGGGGCUUCUUGCUCUCCUGACGACGGCAUCUGUGAAUGUGCACCCGGAUUCCGGGGCACCUCUUGUCAGAGAAUCUGCUCCCCAGGUUUUUACGGGCAUCGCUGUAGCCAGACAUGCCCACAGUGUGUGCACAGCAGCGGCCCCUGCCACCACAUCACAGGCCUGUGUGACUGCUUGCCUGGCUUCACAGGAGCCCUGUGCAAUGAAGUGUGUCCCAGUGGCAGAUUUGGGAAAAACUGUGCGGGCGUUUGCACCUGUACCAACAAUGGCACCUGCAACCCCAUCGACAGAUCCUGCCAGUGCUACCCAGGCUGGAUUGGCAGCGACUGCUCUCAGCCCUGCCCUCCUGCCCACUGGGGUCCGAACUGCAUCCAUACCUGCAACUGCCACAAUGGAGCUUUCUGCAGCGCUUAUGACGGGGAAUGUAAAUGCACGCCUGGCUGGACGGGGCUCUACUGCACGCAGAGAUGCCCUCUGGGGUUUUACGGCAAGGACUGUGCGCUGAUAUGCCAGUGUCAAAAUGGAGCCGACUGCGAUCACAUCUCAGGGCAGUGUACCUGCCGCACGGGAUUCAUGGGACGCCACUGUGAGCAGAAAUGCCCCGCGGGAACAUAUGGCUAUGGCUGCCGCCAGAUAUGUGACUGUCUCAACAACUCCACCUGUGACCACAUCACCGGCACCUGUUACUGUAGCCCCGGCUGGAAAGGGGCACGGUGUGAUCAAGCUGGUGUCAUCAUUGUGGGCAAUCUGAACAGCUUAAGCCGGACCAGCACCGCCCUGCCUGCUGACUCCUAUCAGAUCGGCGCCAUUGCGGGCAUCAUCAUCCUUGUGCUCGUUGUGCUCUUCCUGCUGGCACUGUUCAUCAUCUACCGACACAAGCAGAAGAGGAAGGAGUCCAGCAUGCCGGCGGUGACCUACACCCCCGCCAUGAGGGUCAUCAACGCAGAUUAUACCAUUGCAGAAACCCUGCCUCACAGCAAUGGUGGAAAUGCCAACAGCCACUACUUCACCAAUCCCAGUUACCACACACUUAGCCAGUGUGCCACAUCCCCUCAUGUCAAUAACAGGGACAGGAUGACCAUUGCCAAGUCGAAAAACAAUCAGCUCUUUGUGAAUCUUAAAAAUGUGAAUCCGGGGAAGAGAGGUGCUUUGGUGGACUGCACCGGGACUCUGCCAGCCGACUGGAAGCAAGGUGGCUACCUCAAUGAGCUUGGUGCCUUCGGACUUGACAGAAGUUACAUGGGAAAGUCCUUAAAAGAUCUGGGAAAGAACUCUGACUAUAACUCCAGUAACUGUUCCCUAAGCAGCUCUGAAAACCCGUAUGCCACGAUUAAAGAUCCACCUGCGCUCUUGCCUAAAAGCUCUGAGUGUGGCUAUGUGGAGAUGAAGUCACCAGCACGGAGAGACUCCCCCUACGCAGAGAUCAAUAACUCAACGUCAGCCAACAGGAACGUCUAUGAAGUUGAACCUACAGUGAGUGUUGUCCAAGGAGUACUCAGCAACAAUGGUCAUCUCACCCAAGAUCCAUAUGACCUUCCGAAGAACAGUCACAUCCCUUGCCAUUAUGACCUGCUGCCAGUAAGGGACAGUUCAUCCUCCCCUAAGAGAGAGGAUGGCGGUGGUGGCAGCAGCAGCAGCAGCAGCAGCACCAGCACCAGCACCAGCACCAGCAGCAGCAGCAGUAGUGAAUGACAUCGAAGAACUACUGGGUGAGCAAUGGAACUCUUUCCAUGCCCGCUGUUCGGGUCUCCAUCUUCCAGUUGACGCUGCAGAUGAAGCGAACUAAUCCAAUAAGCAGCUGUUGGACACGGACCAGAAAGCUCCAAGCUGAGGCUGACACCCAUCUCGGUGUGUUGUAAACAGGUGGUUUGGAAGGAGAGAGCUUCAUGAUUUCUCAUUGCUGUUAGGUUAGAAACUGCAAUACCACUGACAUGUUCGAAGAUGUUGGCUGAUGGGGUGAACUUGGCAGAACCUUUCAGAGACACAGACUUGAGAGGACACUGUAAUUAUCCCCUGGAAAAUUAAAAUCUAUUUGCUGUCCUUAACAUCACAGAGAUACCCCUAGGACUGUUCAGGUUACCACACAUUUACUUAAUGAAGAUGGAAAUUACUAAACAUGUAGGAGACAAGGAAUAUAUUCCUGAGUCCUUCUUGCAUAUUUUUUUUCCAUUUGGACUCAGGAUUGUAGGGAUUGUAUGAACAUUGGAGGAAGCAUCCUGUUGGGUAGUAGGGUUGCAUAAACUUUGAAUAAACACUAGCAAUGGGAGCAAACCUAAACACGAAAAUUUUCUUUAUAGAAUGAGAAAUGUACAAUUAAAAUUAUUUUAGAUAUAGUAUAAGUAUUGCAGAAAUCAAUACAUACAUGUGGUAUUUCUGUUUGACCUAUGGCCCAUGUUAGAUUCACGGCAUCAUUCUAAUCCCUGUCUCCAUCAUGCAUAUUUACACAUCAGAUUCAUAACUUCUCAGUUAUUCAUAAAUACAAAGAUGCAAUUGUUUUAUUUUUGAUUGAGUGAGUGUGUGAUGAGUGCAAAGGGUGUACAUUUAAGUGUAAGAGUCUUGGGUAUGGUAAACCUUUAGUAGUACAUGCUGUAAUAUAGACUUAGAGGAAUGAGUUUACCUUAAUUUUUUCCCUAGAAGCGACGGAGAUAUUUUUGUGCAUAUUUGGGAAAAGGGCACUUUCCUUAUUGAUUGUUGAUUUAGAGAAACUAUGCUUAAGCUGGCCUUUUGCAUUGCUAAUGUGUCAUGCACCCAUUCCUCUUUAGUUUGUGUUUUCAUUAAGUCGUUUAUUCUAUGUCUUGUAGUGUUUGGAUUGUUAAUGCAAGAAUAUGAUAUGGCCAUUGUUUGCUACAUUGUUACCAUUCAUCAGUUGCUUGAUAAAAAUGCCUUUUUUUUGGAGGGAGGAAAUCAAAAUACACAAUUUGAACCUGUUAAAUUGGUCAUUACUAAAACAGUUUAGCAGCCAUAGAUGUGUAGCUGAUCACUGAAAUGGAAAUUUCUAGAGUCCACAAUGGAGCUCUUUUUUUUCUGGUGUUAGUUCCCUGAGUCUUGGUUAAACUCAGGAAGGAGGAGCAGUGGAUACAACAGGCAAUUUUACUGAAGACUACCAUCAUGGUUAUCCAUAACUGACCAUCUAAAUUGGGAUACUUCUAACAGUAAAUGAGGGCAUUACUAAUAAUUAUCCUGCAUUGGGUUUAAAUAUAGAGUGUUCCUAGGAAACUAGAACAGAGAAUUUCCUGGUGCACACUGCUGCAGAUACAUCUUUUCCCAAGGCUUUUAUCCCACGAGAAUGCCAAAGUGAUACAAGAAAGCAUUGCUAAACAUGAGCAUGCAGAGGAGUGGAAAGACUGUGAGGGAAUGCAGCAUCAUAACAGAAUGCAGCAGCCGUUGAUGUUUUAAAGAUUUGAAACCAUGCAUGACAUUCUGUUGGAGUCCAUUUAUAAUUGCCCACUACACACCCAUCUACUAGCCGUAGCCAGAAAGUGUUGUCCUAGUCAGCCUUUGAGGUGGAAUAUCUAGGCAUUUUGCAUUUUACACCUGUGCCUGCCAUGAUGGGUUAAUUUGGUCAGGUGGCUAAUUCUGUAGGCUCACUUAGGACAAUUGCUCUUUCAUUAUCUGGACCAUAUUUAGAAACAAUUGAUUUUUUUCCCAGUGGUCAAGCACUGGCUGAUCCCUCGGGAACAAACGUCAGACAGACACGUGGGUUAGCAGCCACAGAAGCUUCCUGGUUAAAAAACACAAAACAAAACCAAAACAUUGAGCACUCGCCCUUUUUCUCCUUAAAUAUUAUCUCUUUUGAGCAUGAUGGUUAAGUUUGAGGUCCCCUGUUACUCUCUGGAGCUAGGUUUAAAAAAAAAAAAAAAGCUGUCUUUUCUCACUCUACUAUUUGGGAAAAAAAAAGAAAGCUUUGUGUGCAAAAAUGAGAGGAACUUCCAUGGAAAACCUGCAGAGCAGAUGAAGACUCCGUGGCUGUCGUAGGAAGUGGGGAUGACCUACAGUUAGCUACCCUGUAGAGUCCUGCCAAUACUCAUGUUGGAACACACGCUGCUGUCCUGAACCAGUGUCCGAGGCAGAGCUUACCUAGCAGUUUACCUGAAACUUUUCCAAAGUCAGACCACAUCACAAUUCAGACUGUACAAUCCCACGUUGUCUUUGGAGAGAAAGUACAGUUGUCUAGAUAUUUUGCUGUCAUUUCUCUCCAGUAUCCUGUGGCAAGAAAAAAAAAAGCACUGAAUGAGUUCGGUGAUGCCUUGUGAAAGACAUCCAUAUGAGAAUGUGAUCCCAACUGCUACUCUUUCCCUAGAAUAGAUGCUUUAAAUUGUUAUCAUUUACUAUAUUUGUGCAGCAUUACAUCCAAACUUGCCCAAAUGAUAACGCAUAUACUUGCUUUCAUUAGGAGAAUAUGAUACCUGUGGUUAAUUGUAUGAUAAGGAAAUUUUCAUAAUUAUUCAACGUUAGACACCAGCCCCUUCCCAUAGAGUACCAGUAGCAGACAGAAUUCAAUGGGUUUAGCAAUGUUUUUGUUGGUAUUGACCAAGCACAGAAAAAAAUUGACCUUAGAAUUGUAUAACUGAGCAGCAUAGAGUGUCAUAGCCAAAUCGAUUAGCAUGAUGACUACUGACUGUCAGAAAUGUAGACUACUUUAUGGAAAUACAGUCAUUUGGACCUCAGUGGAGCAUAACAGUGGCCAGUCUUAGGGAACUUUUCAACCUAAUCUUAGUUGAGGUCACACAAAAGCAUCAUAUACCAUCGAUAAUUCACAUUGAUAUUCGAAGUCUACAGUUCAAGUAAGACAAAAAUCAUACAAAUUAAUUUAGAGGUUAUAGUUUUAAAAUGAUGAAUUUUCCAUCUCUGGGUGGCAUGUCAUUAUUCCAAUGAACCAUUUAAGGGCUAUUUUGAUUUUAAAGUCUUAAUGCCAUGGACAUGUUCAGAGGCUUGGUGUGGGGUGGUUGUUUAUGAAACAUGGGAUGACACACACACAGCAAGCUGCCCCAUAGAGUCCUGUUCAUUAUUUUGUCUCAGCUUUGUGUUGAUAUGACCAAAUUGCAAUAUAUCUAUAUAUAUUUUAAAAGGAAAAAUUCAGACUGCAGUAUGGUUUCCUUGGUAAUAGCAAACAAAAUUAAUGUUUUGAGUGUUAAACUAUCUCUCUUUUCCAAAGAUGAAAAACCCUUCUCAGCUUAGUUACGCUGUCAUUUAUACCGCCAAGUAGGUUUGUAAAUGAAUUCAAUAAACUUUCUGAUAAAAAA